AUGGAACCACGACUGCGAUGCACCGAGGUUGAUGAGAACGGAGAAGUGAUCUUGGUCGAUGGAGAAUUUAAGAAAACGGAAUUGAUUGCAAAGUACGGGCUGCUGCCGCGAGAUCUACGCAAGAUCGAUUCUUCGACCCUGCCGCACAUUCUCAUUCGACCUUCAGCAAUUCUCCUGAAUCUGUUGCAUCUCAAGGUCCUUAUCAAGCAUGACCGCGUACUACUUUUCGACGUCUAUGGGUCCAAGACCUCCUAUUCACAGUCGGCUUUUAUGUACGACUUGCAAGGCAAACUGCAGCAGAAGAAUGCGCCUCAGCAAAACGGCAUCCCGUUGCCCUACGAAUUCCGCGCCCUCGAAACCGUAUUGACAUCGGUCACAUCCGAGCUCGAAGCGGAUUUCGAAGCUGUCCGGGACCCUGUCAUGCGCAUACUCAGCGAGUUGGAGGACGAUAUCGACCGACAAAAGCUACGUGUGCUUCUUAUUCUCUCGAAGCGCGUGAGCACAUUCGAGCAAAAGGUCAAGUUAGUGCGAGAUGCCAUCGAAGAUCUCCUCGAGGCCGACGACGACUUAUCCUCCAUGUACUUGACCGAGAAGGCGCACGACAUACGCCGACAGCUAGAUGACCACACGGAAGUCGAGAUGCUACUUGAAUCGUACUACAACCUGACGGACGAAAUUGUGCAAGAGGCCGGUAACCUGGUGUCUGGCAUCAGGAACACCGAAGAGAUCGUCCGCGCAAUCCUUGAUGCCAACCGGAACGCCUUGAUGCUGCUCGAUCUCAAAUUCAGCGUCGGCACCUUGGGCCUCGCGAUGGGAACAUUCAUUGCCGGACUCUACGGCAUGAACCUCGAAAACUUCAUCGAGGAAACAAACUGGGGUUUCGGUGGCGUUACUGGUGCCUCUGUCUUGUUCUCGCUCAUCGUUUGCUGGUACGGGCUAGGCAAGUUGCGCAAGGUUCAACGUAUCAAGAUGGGGAGCAACGAGCGUCCGCAUUUCCCCCGGCGAGCACAGUUCUCUCAUGAGGACGACGCGCUUGGGCUGCUUGACUCGCGCCAUCGCGAGCAGCUGAGGAGGUUACACAUGCAGAAGACCUCGAACGCAGCUGCUCGUCGGAGGUGGUGGGACCUGCGACGAUCUUGA